AUUUUCCUCUCGCUCAUAACGUACAAAAUGACAGAGGUAGUAGUGGCCACCGAUGAAGAGCAAUUGCUUUCGCGGAUAUCUAACCUCGUUGCCCGCGCUGCCGACGACGCGAUCUCACGUGAUGAUCGAAUCUUUCGAUUUGGAGUAUCAGGUGGUUCGAUGGUAGAACUGUUAGCCAAAUGCUUGCCUAACAUUGCGACUGACUGGAGCAAGUGGCGUUUCUUCUUCUGUGACGAGCGGGUGGUACCUCUGGAAGAUCCAGAGUCCAAUUUUGGUCUCUAUAAAACGAAUUUUAUUGGAAAGGUACCCGUCACUGAGGAGCAAUUCAUAAAAGUCGAUCCAGAACUCAAUGCCGAGAACGCGGCGAAGGAUUACAUUAAAAAAAUGGCCUUCUUCUUCCCGCCGGACAGAUUACCAAGGUUUGAUUGCCUGCUGUUAGGCCUGGGCCAGGAUGGGCAUACAUGCUCGCUUUUUCCGGGUCACCGAACUCUCGACGACGAGAAUAUGUGGGUUACAUGGGAGCUGAAUUCGCCGAAACCUCCAUCCAGUAGAAUCAGCCUCACCAUGCCAGUGAUCAAUAAUGCUCGCAUGUGUGUAUUCAUCGCUACUGGCGCUGGCAAGGCCGAGAUCGUUGAAAAAGUCUUGAGAGACAAAAAGGAUUUACCAGCCACCAGAGUAGAACCAGUCGAUGGCACGCUUUUCUGGCUACUGGAUCAAGAAGCAGCCAGCAGAUUACACAAUACAGAGUGAAGGACGGCAAGAUCGGCGAUCGAAGAGACUGCAAUACAACGUUCCAUAUAUUAAGAUCGCGCUGUAAUUCCACUUGAAGCUUUUUUGGGUUCGUCUUUUUCUUCUUUUUUUUUUAAACGCGCUUCUAUUACAAAAUCAAAUUCUUAACGCACGAUGGUGAUCACAGUACGCGAAAUUGAUUCGUAUUCGCAAUUUUUGACUGAUAUUGCUCAACGAUAUCGUUUAUGGGAAAGCGAUACGUCCACUUCUACUAUCAUAAAUUAAUCUGCAGAGAUUGUAAGAAUAUAGAAUUGAUAAGAAAAUAAAUAAGAUUUGCAUUUUUGUCAAUGAAAUGUGUAAUUUAAUAAGAAAAAUAUUGAAAAUUAAAAUAUUAUUUAUAUAUUAAAUGAAAUGAUUUUUUUAUUAUAAAUAUUCGCAUGAUAUGGCGUUGAAUAAUGAAACUACUUCCAUAAUUUCAUUGUGCGAAUCGGUAUGAUUUGCAAGCAUUUAAAUGAAUAGAGAAUGUAAUCAUACAUCACGUUUUUUUUUAUAUAUUUAUUAUUGAAGCGUAACAAUCAAGAUUAACAAUUUUUAAACCACACACACGCACAUAAACGUAACAUGCGAAUUACCUCAAAGACAGCAAUCUAUUCUCCAACAAAAGAAAUCUUAGAAGAAGAAGCGUUUUAUUAAUACUGUUAUAAUAAUUUGUUACUGUUGAUCAUUCAGAACAGUAAGAGUUUUGUUAAUUAUUUUAUUACUAUUGGCAUAUCCAAUUUGCAAUUAUUAUUUGCCAAAAUGGUAAUGUAAUUGUUGAAAAAACUAUUUAAAGAUUAUUGGAAAGGAUUAUUUCUUUUAACCGUUUCACUAUAGGUUUAAAAAUCUUUAUUAAUUGUGAUGUUAUUAUUUGCCGUAUAGGUACGUUGUACUAAAUUUUAGUAGUAUCUCUUGUUAUUAUUAUCUUAUUAUGUUAUACAGAGCAUUAUUAUAUAUGCGUAAAAAUGUUGUUAUGCCAAGUUUUGCAUUAUUUUAUAUAUCUUAUUAUAUCGUUUGAUAAAUUUAUACAUAUGCAUUCAACGGCAUGCUUAAAGAAA